AUGCAAACACUACGCCGCAAGAUGCCACCUUUCUUCUACCUUUGGUGCCUACUGCUUGCGCCGUGCCUUCUUCUCUUGGAAGAAGCACAUGCGGCACGCUAUGGAGGGGCCUCACUGAGGUCUCAGCACAUGGCCCUCCUCCGCUGGAAGGCUACUCUUGCAAGCCCACCGCCCCAGAUGAGCUCUUGGCUGGAGAACACCAGCCCGUGCAACUGGACGGGAGUCAUGUGCUCGGCCAUUCGCCGUGGCCGCCGCAUGCCCCGAGUGGUGACCAACCUCUCCUUGCCCAAUGCUAGCAUCACUGGCAAUCUUGGUGAGCUCAACUUCUCGGCUCUUCCAUUCCUCACGUACAUCGACCUUAGUAACAACAGUCUCCAUGGUGCAAUACCCGCUAGCAUCGGCUCCCUGUCAUCACUAUCCCAUCUUGACCUCGGCUUCAACAAUCUCAAAGGCCAAAUUCCGUCUGAGGUUGGUUGCCUCCACCAAGACAUGAGAUCAGGUCCCAUUCCUGGGGAGAUUGGAAAGCUUGUAAACCUACAAUUUCUACAGCUAACAAACAACGCAUUAAGCGGUUUGAUACCCAAAAGCCUUGGAAAUCUGACCCAACUUAAUACUUUGCGCCUGUAUGGUAAUCUACUUUCAGGGCCUAUGCCCCUGGAGCUAGGCCAGCUAAUCCAUUUGCAAGAUCUUGAACUUGGUUCAAAUCAUAUUUCAGGUCCAAUCCCAAUAUCCAUAACCAAUCUCACUGAGAUGAGAAGACUUUCUCUCACUAGAAAUCAAAUCACAGGUCCAAUACCCCCUGAAGUUGGCAACCUUGCUAAGCUAAACCAUCUUGAUCUGUCCAAAAAUCAAAUCACAGGUCCAAUACCCCCUGAAGUUGGCAACCUUGCUAAGCUAAACCAUCUUGAUCUGUCCAAAAAUCAAAUCACAGGUCCAAUACCCCCUGAAGUUGGCAACCUUGCUAGGCUAAACCAUCUUGAUCUCUCCAAAAAUCAAAUCACAGGUCCAAUACCCCCUGAAGUUGGCAACCUUGCUAGGCUAAACCAUCUUGAUCUCUCCAAAAAUCAUAUCACAGGUCCAAUACUCCCUGAACUUGGCAACCUUGCUAGGCUAAACCAUCUUGAUCUCUCCAAAAAUCAAAUCACAGGUUCAAUACCCCUAGAAUUAGGGAACCUCACUAUGCUCAAUGCACUUUAUCUCCAUGAAAACCAAAUAUCUGGCCCUAUUCCUGGCAGCUUGGGAAAUGUAACCAAGCUAGUAGAACUAUACCUCCAUCAAAAUCAAAUAACCGGCUCCAUUCCCCAAGAAAUUGGCAAUCUGGUGAACCUCAAACAUUUAAUGUUGGAUCAGAACAUAAUUUCGGGGUCAAUAACAGAAUUUCAGCCAGCGUUGUUCCUUGCGUAG